AUGAAUACCGAAGAAACCUUACUAAUUACUCCGGUCGAUAAUUACGAUGCUAUCGUGAACGACACCAAAGACGACGACUCCACCCCGAAACUGGAACUCAAACAUCUUACGAGAUCUAGUUUCCCAUUAGUUGUAUCAUUUGUCUUGCAAUACGUCUUUUCCAUCACAUCAGUAUAUGCUGCAGGGCGAUUGGGUGCCAAAGAGUUGGCUGCAUGUUCGUUGGCCAUCUGUACUUUCAACAUCACCGGAUUAGCUGUGUUCCAAGGCAUGGCUACUAGUUUAGACACAUUUUGCUCCCAGGCAUACGGAUCUGGUAACAAGAAAAUGGUAGGAGUAUAUUUCCAGCGCGCAACCCUUCUUAUGCUCGCAACAAUGGUACCUUUGAUGCUUGUGUGGUGGUACUCUGGCAGUAUUUUGAACCAGUUGGUUCCUGACCCAGAAUUGGUUAGCAUGGCGCAGCUUUUCUUGCGAAUCCACGCGUUUGGUGUACCGGGCUUGAUUCUUUUUGAAAGUGGUAAAAGGUUUUUACAGGCACAACACCUCUUCCAAGCCAGUACAUAUGUGUUGGUUGUUGCACUUCCAUUUAACUUGUUAUUGAAUUGGUUGUUGGUAUGGAAUCCCAAUACAGGAAUGGGAUACACAGGAAUUCCCUUGUCGAUAGGAAUCACCUACUGGGUUAUCUCGCUCUUGAUGUUUGGAUAUGUGAUUUUCAUUGAUGGCAUUGAAUGCUGGGGCGGUAUCGACUGGGAAAAAGCAUCAAGCAACUGGAAACCAAUGUUAUCUCUAGCCGUCCCUGGUGUAAUCAUGGUGAUUUCUGAUUUUUUGGCUUUUGAAAUUUUGACUAUUUUUGCAUCCAGGUUUGGAACCGAGGCUUUGGCUGCCCAGUCAAUUGUGUCCAAUGUUGCAACUUUAUGUUUUCAGGUUCCGUUUGCGUUUGCUGUGGCUAUAAGUACACGAAUGGGACACUUUAUUGGUGAUGGAAACAUUGCCAGCGCCAAAAUCCUCAACGACCUUACGGUAAUCAUUGGCGGAUCUAUUGGGCUACUCAGUUUUUGCUUGUUCUAUUUCGGAAGACACGUGUUGGGAGAAUUUUUCACCAGCGACAAAAUGGUAUUGGAAAUCAGCUCCAAAUUACUUAUCUUGGCCGGUAUCAAUCAAAUUUCUGACUCCUUGAAUGUUGUGGGGACAGGUGUGCUCAGAGGGCAAGGUAGACAGCGAAUUGGAUCCAUUCUCAACAUUAUAUCGUAUUACUUCCUUGCCAUACCUUUAGGAUACGUGCUUGCAUUUAAAUUUGGUAUGGAGAUGAGUGGGUUAUGGAUUGGAUUGACUAUUGGUGUUUUUGUUCUUGCUGUAACACAAUGUACAAGUAUCUGUUUAAGUAAUUGGGAAAAGAUAUUAGAACAUUCACAUAGAAUUCAUGAUAGUGUAUAG